AUGUUCGGCGUCUCUGGCUGUGGAAACACACGCGCUGUGAUCGAGCUUCUAUCUCAACACUGGGGGUUCUAUUUCAAUGCUGCCGAUGACGAUUGGGGUUCUGACGACAUGAUGACUCUUUACAGCACUGUCUGCAGCUACUUAAAGGACAUCCAAGCAACCUCCACCGUGGCGGAUCUUGAGAUCAACAACGCCUUUGCACGGAAGACAACGCUCUUAUUGUUUCUGUCUCGGGUUCCCAUCUUCAAGUACUGCGUGAGCGUCCCCGGCAGCAGCGAGUCGUUCACGGGCGCACGAUGGGCUCUCCUGCAGGUGUGCCCGCAUGUUCUUUUCAAUGAUAUGUUCAAUGCGCUGUUCCUCAAACUCCUCAAUCUUCAGCGUCAUGUAGAGCUCCCGCUUUCGCUGCUGGCAAUGUGA